CACUACCUAUAAGUUUAUAUUAAACUCUGUAUCUGCUCCAUCAUCACAAGCACAUUUCAAUGCUUUUGAGUUUGCAACCAUGAACAAAGAUAUUGAAGAUAAGGGAGUUCCACACUCGAUGAAUCAGGUUCUGGUGCUAGGAGCUUUGGUGUUUUUCUUUUGUAUGGUUGUACUCUUGUUUGUUCUCUGUAUCUAUGCGAUUUUGCGUAGAAGGGUAUACAUCGAACUUCCUCUCAGAAGGCAUAAUCCUUCAUGGCUUCAAAGGCUUUCUUCUAGAAGAGAAGAUCGACAUUUGAGGCCGGACCUCGGCCUCGAUGUCAAAAUCAUUGAAACCUUGCCCAUGUCUGUCUAUACAUCACAGAGGUUGAAACCAGGAGGAACAGAAUGCUCAGUGUGCUUGUCAGAUUUUGAAGAUGGAGAAAAAGUUAGGGUUCUGCCUGACUGUAAGCAUAGUUUUCAUACAGAGUGUAUUGAUAUGUGGUUUCAUUCUCAUUCUAAUUGUCCUCUUUGUAGAACCAAGGUAGAGGCUAAAAUAAACAAUAUAAAACUCGAAGACGACAUGGAUACAUCAAAUGGCGAAGAAAAUGUGGUUAUUGACAUGAAUUUCGCAGUGGAAGGAGGACAGAGUAGUUGCCCAUCAACCAGUCGAUCUUUUGCUGAAAUGGAGAUUGAUUUGUCGACAGGGCUAAAUAGCCUUUCAUUGGAGAGGGAAUCAGAGGAAAUUAGUUCUCCCAGUGGGUCAAGAUUUUGUAGGAUUCAUUCAUUUAAAAGGAUGUUGAGUGGCAGAAGCAGAGAUGGGAAAGUCUUUCCAAGCUCUCUGCAUCAGCCUCAAAAUGAAAUUGAGGAGUUUUCAUAGUUGCAGAGACAAUUUCAUUGUAAUACCAGAGCAUUUUUUUUAAGGCUUGGGCAUUUUCCUGUUUCACCAUGCUCCUCUUAGAUUCACCUAACAGUGUUUCACUGAGGAAAAUUAUGAGCUUUCUAAUAUUUAUCUGGGUUAAAAGUUCAGAUUCACUGAAGGUUCAUUCGAGCAAGACAGCAUAUGCACUAUUCUUCAGUACAUUGAUGAUAAUGGUGACCAUGAAUUUUCAGCAUGGGACAGUGGGCCUUUCAAAUUUUGUAUGUAGCAGCUUUUUAGAAAAUUACAGCUAUUUUUCAGUUCUCCUAUGAAUUUA